UACCUCCAGGAGCUGGUGUUUCAUUGGCCGAUGAGAAUCCUAUAAUCAUAGAGAGAGAGAGAGAGGGAGAAAGCGAGUGACGGAACGGAAGCUUGCUUUAUAGUUGGCGGAAGGACAAUCUUUUUUGUUUUCAAAUCCCUCACCCACGCGUCAUACGAGUAUGCCGAUUCUAACGAAGCUAAUUUCAAUGCAAGAAGCUUCGCUGCACAACAGCAAGGACGAUUGCUGGAUCGUCAUUGAUGGCAAGGUAUAUGAUGUGUCAUCUUACUUGGAUGAGCAUCCAGGCGGAGACGAUGUCAUCCUUGCUGCAACUGGGAAAGAUGCUCUUGAUGAGUUUGAAGAUGCUGGACACAGCGAAAGCGCCAAGGAGCAAAUGGAAACCUUCUGCAUUGGGGAGCUCGAUCCGUCAUCCCCCGCUACCCCUCAACUAGACAUCGUCUCCAAGGAGCAGCCCGUGGAAAUUACCAAGACGCUUAAGGACUUGACAGAGCAUUAUUGGGCUGUGCCUGUAACAGUUGUCGGCAUCUCUGUUUUUGUUGGCUUCCUGUACUGGUGGAGAAAGUGAGGGCCCGAACUGUAACGACCCGUUAGUGGGUUUAGGUGUUAUGGGUAUUUUAGUUUGCACAUUAGAGUUGUUGCUUUUAUUAAUUAAUUGUUAAAAAUAUUAUAUGUGUUGGUAAUAGGGUAAAUUAAUGAAAAUAAUAUUUUUGUGAGAAGAUAAUUAUAA